CACCCAUGUACACGUGACAAUCCCGGAUGUCAACAAACGAUAUCAACAACAGGGAAGUGUCAACGCUUCGUUGUUACAGAUUUUCCAAUGGAUUAACCGACAUUUGAUAAUUAAUGAAUGUUACAGUCAGUCGUGUACAUUCUGAAAGGUACUAUGAGUGAUAGUUGAUUCUACGCUAGUUUAGCAUUUGACGAAGACUUUCAACAUGAGGUCCGAUUCUCCUCUCUCCAGCGUCAACGUAGUGCUUGUUAUGGCCUACGGAAGUCUGAGCGACACUGUUGAUUGUGGCCUUUGGAAUGUUGUCCCACUUCACUUCAAUGGCUGAACGAAGUUGCAGGAUAUUGGCGGCAACUGAAACACGUUAUCGUACACAUCGAUCCAGAGCAUCCAAACAUGGUGACAUGUCUGGUGAGUAUGCAGGCCAUGGAAGAACUGGGACAUGUUAUCGUACACUUCGAUCCAGAGCAUCCAAACAUGGUGACAUGUCUGGUGAGUAUGCAGGCCAUGGAAGAACUGGGACAUGUUAUCGUACACAUCGAUCCAGAGCAUCCAAACAUGGUGACAUGUCUGGUGAGUAUGCAGGCCAUGGAAGAACUGGGACAUGUUAUCUUACACUUCGAUCCAGAGCAUCCAAACAUGGUGACAUGUCUGAUGAGUAUGCAGGCCAUGGAAGAACUGGGACAUGUUAUCGUACACAUCGAUCCAGGACAUCCAAACAUGGUGACAUGUCUGGUGAGUAUGCAGGCCAUGGAAGAACUGGGACAUGUUAUCGUACACAUCGAUCCAGAGCAUCCAAACAUGGUGACAUGUCUGGUGAGUAUGCAGGCCAUGGAAGAACUGGGACAUGUUAUCGUACACAUCGAUCCAGAACAUCCAAACAUAGUGACAUGUCUGGUGAGUAUGCAGGCCAUGGAAGAACUGGGACAUGUUAUCGUACACAUCGAUCCAGAACAUCCAAACAUAGUGACAUGUCUGGUGAGUAUGCAGGCCAUGGAAGAACUGGGACAUGUUAUCGUACACAUCGAUCCAGAGCAUCCAAACAUGGUGACAUGUCUGGUGAGGAUGCAGGCCAUGGAAGAACUGGGACAUGCUAUCGUACACAUCGAUCCAGAACAUCCAAACAUGGUGACAUGUCUGGUGAGUAUGCAGGCCAUGGAAGAACUGGGACAUGCUUAGCCUCCAGGAUUUGUGUUCAGAUCCUUGCUACAUGGUGCUGUGCAUUAUCAUGCUGAAACAUGAGGUCAUGGUGGUGGAUGAAUGACACAACAAUGGGCCUCAGGAUCUUGUCACGGUAUCGCUGUGCAUUCAAUAUAAUGCAAUUGUGUUCAUUGUCCGUGGUUAGAGCAUUGGGCCAGUAACCGAAAGGUUGUUAGAUCGAAUCCCAGAGUUGACAAGGUAAAAAUCUGUCGUUCUGCACCUGAACAAGGCAGUUAACCCACUGAUCAUAGGCCGUCAUUGUAAAUAAGAAGUUGUUCUUAACUGACUUGCCUAGUUAAAUAAAUAAAAAAUGUUUUUAUUUAUUUAUGCCUGCUCAUACCAUAACCCCAAUGCCACCAUGGGGCAGUCUAUUCACAACAUUGACAUAAGCAAACCGCUGGCCCACACAACGCCUUACAGGUGGUCUGCGGUUGUGAGGCCGGUUGGACUUACUGCCAAAUUCUCUAAAGCGAUGUUGGAAGUGGCUCAUGGUAGAGAAAUUAACAUUACAUUAUCUGGCAACAGCUCUAGUGGACAAUCCUGCAGUCAGCAUGCCAAUUUCACGCUCCCUCAACUUGAGACACAUGUGGCAUUGUGUUGUGUGACAAAAUGGCACAUUUUAGAGUGGCCUUUUAUUGUCCCCAGCACAAGGUGCAACUGUGUAAUGAUCAUGCUGUUUAAUCAGCUUCUUGAUAUGCCACACCUGUCAGGUGGAUGGAUUGUAUUGGCAAAGAAGAAAUGCUCACUAACAUGGUUGUAAACAAAUUUGUACACAAUUAUUUCUGUGGUCUUUUAUUUCAGCUCAUGAAACAUGGGACCAACACUUUACAUGUUGCAUUUAUAUUUUUGUUCAGUGUAUAUCUUGCUUGCCAAAUUCUAUAUUGUGUCACCCCCUUCUAGAACAUACUCCUCUGGAUAGGUUGAUGUCUCUUCUAGGACAUACUCCUCUGGAUAGGUUGAUGUCUCUUCCAGGACAUACUCCUCUGGAUAGGUUGAUGUCUCUUCUAGGACAUACUCCUCUGGAUAGGUUGAUGUCUCUUCUAGGACAUACUCCCCUGGAUAGGUUGAUGUCUCUUCCAGGACAUACUCCUCUGGAUAGGUUGAUGUCUCUUCUAGGACAUACUCCUCUGGAUAGGUUGAUGUCUCUUCUAGGACAUACUCCUCUGGGUAAGUUGAUGUCUCUUCUAGGACAUACUCCUCUGGGUAGGUUGAUGUCUCUUCUAGGAUAUACUCCUCUGGAUAGGUUGAUGUCUCUUCUAGCACAUACUCCUCUGGGUAGGUUGAUGUCUCUUCUAGGACAUACUCCUCUGGAUAGGUUGAUGUCUCUUCUAGGACAUACUCCUCUGGAUAGGUUGAUGUCUCUUCUAGGACAUACUCCUCUGGAUAGGUUGAUGUCUCUUCUAGGACAUACUCUUCUGGAUAGGUUGAUGUCUCUUCUAGGACAUACUCCUCUGGAUAGGUUGAUGUCUCUUCUAGGACAUACUCCUCUGGAUAGGUUGAUGUCUCUUCUAGGACAUACUCCUCUGGAUAGAUUGAGGUCUCUUCUAGGACAUACUCCCCUGGAUAGGUUGAUGUCUCUUCUAGGACAUACUCCUCUGGAUAGAUUGAUGUCUCUAAUGUACAGAGGUCUGUGUCUCCAGGUGUUUGUGCUGCUGUUCAUCUUUGUGAAGAGGCAGAUAAUGCGCUUCGCCAUGAAGUCUCGUAGAGGACCACAUGUACCCUUGGGCCACAACGCUCCAAAGGAGCUGAGACAGGAGAUAGACUCUGGUCUGUCCAAGGUUCAGGAGAUCCGCUUUGAGCCACGCCUGCUGUCUGAACAGGACGACAGACUACAGAGUGGCGGUUGCUAUGACUACCUGUACAGAAUGAGGGCACUAGAUGCCAUACGAGACUCUGAUAUUCCGUUCAGUGAGUUGGGAGGGACUCCCACAGCUGUGACAGGGAGGAGAUUCCGCGCCUGGCUUCUAGAUCUGAGGAGUUCCCAUUCCCUGUUCUGCAGCAGCCGUAGUUCCCUCAUAGACACACUGCUGGAGGGCUACCACAACGCUCGCCACGGCACCGGGGUGUUUGGAGAAGCAGAGUUAGUCAAAUACAAGGAAGCCCUGAACGAACUGGCCUCUGUUGUGAAGAGCCACUCCAGUUCCACCAGUCUGGACCAGCAGCACCAGUUAGCAGCUAAAGACUUGACCAGUACCCCAGAGCCCACCCCCCCCUCUCCCCCCUCCCAGGUCACAUACCUGCCAUCAGCUGGGCAACGCACCAAACGACCAAAACACUUCCUGGAACUCAAGAACUUUAAAGACAAGUACAACACCUUGGAAAGCACAUUCUGAGAACUACAAUCUCCUAUGGCAUAACACGAGAAACUACAAUUCCCUACAGCAUACCUUGAGAAACGACAACUUGCUGCCUCUGACAACUGCAACUCCCUAGAAAACAACCUGAAAACUACAACAACUCCUCUGCUACCACUUUAAAUCUGUUUUGUCGCGACUACUGGACUCCCUUUCCUUCUCUAUUUCCAAAGUAGAUGGCCUAGUGAGAAAAACAACCCCUGAACAAGGCAGUUAACCCACUGUUCCUAGGCCGUCAUUGUAAAUAAGAAUUAGUUCUUAACUGACUUGCCUAGUUAAAUAAAGGUAGUGAUAAGUAGAGCUCCUGGAGGUGACAGAUACUGGAGUUUGUGUUAAAAGAAGAGGUUGGUGAGUUAGUUUAGUGAGAGACUUGUUAGGGUUGGUACAUGGUACAGUUGGGAAGACUGGAGCACAGCAGGAUUAACAGUAGCAUAGCACAGCAGUAUAGGAAUGACAGUAACAUUACGCUGCCUUACUAGUCCUGAGGAAAAACACUGCCUACUAUCUAUCAUGCAUCUCACAUAAUAAAUAGUGCACUAGAUUUAAGCUUAUUUGACGUUAAACAUCGUUGUGAAGUUUUGCACAGACUUUGCAGGUAGAUCACAUGUAGGGCUAUGCAAAAGAGACCAGACAAGCUACAUGCAGUUUCUAUGCAGAAUGCAUUAAUGCAGUGUUUCCCAAACUUGGUCCUGGGGACCCGAAGUGGUGCACGUUUUGGGUUUUGCCCUAGCACUACACAACUGACUCAAAUAAUCAACUAAUCAUCAAGCUUUGAUUAUUUGAAUGAGCUGUGUCAUCCUAGAGCAGAACCUGAAAUGUACAUCUCUUGGGGUCCCCAGGACUGAGUUUGGGAAACGCUGCAUUAAUGCACAGUGUUAGAGUAAGACUUGUUUAUAAUGUGUUCAGUGCUAACUAAGCUAUUGAUGGACUAACAUUAUAGCAGACCAGUGUUCCUCACAAUGGCCCUAGAGAGCUACAGUACAGGCUGUGCAGGCUUUUGUUCCCGCCUAGCACUAACACACCUCCAAUCAAGCUGAUUAGUAGAAUCCGGUUAGUCACUGUUGAGCUGGAACAGUACAGCCUGUAACUCUGCAGGACCAGGACAGAAGAACUAUGGAUUAUUCCAGUAUUACUGCUAGGCAUUUCCAGUGUUAUUGUUCUGUUGCCAGCACUUGUUUUGGGCAGAGCCAUGUAUUUACAUAUAUAUUGCUCUGGUUUAGGGCUAGUGUUACAAGGAAAUUAACAUGUUACACAGUCUGACGGUUGUCUAUUUGCUGCAUAAAAAUGAUUGUACAAUCUAAAAAGUAUAAUGUUUUUUUGUUGUUGCUGAAAUCUUUUUUUGUAUUCCAUUUUUAAAGAUAAUUAUUUAGAAUAAAGCAUUCAUGUUAAGUGCCCUUUUUCUUGAAUGGAUGAUUUUAAUACAAUUAAAUAAUUAAAUUAGUAUGUAUGCAUGGUUGAAUACUAAAACCGUAAUAUAUUCUUAAUGAGUUGGCUAUAAAGCCUGGGUUCCAGUCCGAUAUAUUUUUAAUGAGGGGUAAGUUGGCUAUAACGCCUGGGUUCCAGUCUGAUAUAUUCGUAAUGAGGUGUGAGUUGGCUAUAUAGCCUGGGUUCCAGUCAGUUUCUGCUUUAACCAAUCCCCUCUCUCUUACAGCAGAAACAGACUGGUAUGGUACCCAGGCUCAUAUGAAUCGUCAGUGGAGUUAUCUAAAGCACCUACAGAUGUGGGACCAGGCUAGAGAUUUAUGGAUGAUUGUAGCAAUGCUCCUCCAAUCAAAUGUGAACCGCUUCAGAAGUGUGUUUGAAUCUAAUGAGUUGUGUGUAUGAUUGGGACCAGAGGAGGCUGGUGAGGAGAGGACACCUCAAUAAUGGAUAGAACUGAAGGGUAACUAACAUGAAAAAUCAGGUGUUUUAUUUGUUUAAUACCAUUCCAUCCCAGCCAUUACUAUGGCCUGAUAAUAGUGCUGAACAGGCUGCUUUGUUUUAAUGGACUCCCCUGAUCUAUCCUCUGUGCAUUGUAAUACAUACUGCAGCUGCCAUUCCAUUAAAGUGGUACCACUGGACCAGA